CCCCAACUGUGCCCCAUUUUCUCUCCACUUCGCCAAUGGCCAGUUCCAAUCUCAGGUUUCUGGUGUUUCCCCCCAUUUUUAUCUGCAGUGAUUUGUCCUUGUUUAGGUGGGAAAUCGUUCCCCUGAGUGAUUUCUGAACUGGGAAGAGGGUUAAUGGGCAGAGGCUGGGAGAGCCCUGAGACAGGGAUAGGGCUGGGCUGGGGGUGGGGGCUGCUCUCUGCUGGCAACAGGGCAUGGAAAGGCCCAGGAAGGGAAGGGAGGAGCAAGCGUCCCCCAUGGAGACAGCCCAGCCCCAGGUUUCCCAGUCCCACCUACUUCCCCUCCCCCACCCUGCACGACCCAGCAACUCCCCCUCCACACACACACCACUGCCUGUCACAUUUCCAGACCCCACAGCCAGUGACCUUCUGACUCCAGCCCCUCUCCUGCUGGCCAUGUGAAUGUGAGGCAAUAAGAAUCCGUCCCAUUCUGUUGUUGAUUGAAUAUCGCUGUGUAAUCCCCUCAAAUUUCCCCUCCUUUCUCUUGAACUGUUGAAUGGUGACAUAAAAUCUCCCCACAUGUUGGUGCUUCUCUCUUAUAUUGGCAAAUAUUUAGUUUGUGCCCCAUUUUUUUCCCUCAGUUCUGAAAUACUGAUAGCUAAUUCUUGAAAAUCUUCCCGCUUUUCUCCCCAGGUGUCUGACUGAGAUCAGGGUUCUUCUCAUACUAAGCGUGGCACAUGCCUUGCCUGAGAUCAGGUCCCCCAGUGUGCCGGGCACUGCACAAACCCUGACCAGAGCAGGGACCUUGCUGGCCCGGGCGCUGCAGAGCCCCGAAGUGAGGUCUGGGCCCUGUUCUGCUGGGCGCUGCAGAGACCCCAACUGAGAUCAGACCCCACUGUUGUGCCAGGCUACAGAAAAACGUCCACGUUUCGCUCCAGAUCAUCCCCUCCUCCCAGGGGCAAGGAAAUAGCUGUAGUGGAGCUGGCUCAGAGUGUUGGGAUUCCUACCAGGGAGACACCAGCAGGGUCCAGAGCCAGCCCCAUCUCCUGUAUCAAGCUUUGUCUAGUAGGGUUUCCAAUUUCCAAACCUGAUGUGAUCCCACAGCUGGAACGAGGGGAAGAGCCGUGGGUCGCAGACCUCCAGGGCUCUGAGAAAGAAGUGCUCCCGAGAGCUGCCUGCACAGGGAGUGACCUAUAUCUGGAUUCUCUGUCUCCCAUCAGGUGAUGGGAUGGUGAGUGAGAAUGAGGAGGAGAAACCCCAGCAGGAAGAUGCUGAGCAAGUAGAACCACAUGGGAUGUUACCAAGAAGAUCCAAAGGGAAUGUUUCCGGGAGUUGUGCACUCCCAGAAAAAGCAAAAGCCUGUGAGACUCAGCACAGACCAGAAGAAAACUUCAGUAGCCAUUCAGACCUUUUAACACAUGACCAAAUCAACUUGGAAGAGACGCGCUACACAUGCCAUGAGUGUGGGAAAAGCUUCAAUGGGAUCUCUGACCUUCUCACACAUCAGAAAAUCCACAGUGGAGAGAGACCUUUCAUGUGCUCUGAGUGCGGGAAAAGCUUCAAUCGGAGUUCUUCCCUUAUCACACAUUGGAGAGUCCACACUGGUGAGAAACCUUUUGGAUGCUCUGAGUGUGGAAAAUGCUUCAAUUGGAGCUCACAUGUUAUCCGACAUAGGCGAAUCCACACAGGUGAGAAACCUUAUGGAUGCUUUGAGUGCGGGAAACGCUUCAAUCGGAGCUCACACCUCAUCAGACAUAGGAGAAUCCACACAGGAGAGACGCUCUACGCAUGCUCUGAGUGUGGGAAAAGCUUCAAUCAGAGCUCUGCCCUUAUCACACAUCAGAGAAUCCACACAGGAGAGACACCCUACACAUGCUCUGAGUGCGGGAAAAGCUUCAAUCAAAGCUCAAACCUUAUCAGACAUCAGCGAAUCCACACAGGAGAGACGCCCUACAUGUGCUCUGAGUGUGGCAAAAGCUUCAAUGAUAGCUCAGCCCUGAUCACACAUCGUAGAAUCCACACAGGAGAGAAACCUUAUGAGUGCCCUGAGUGUGGGAAACGCUUCAAUCGUAGCUCACAUCUCAUCAGACAUAGGAGAAUCCACACAGGAGAGACGCUCUACGCAUGCUCUGAGUGUGGGAAAAGCUUCAAUCAGAGCUCUGCCCUUAUCACACAUCAGAGAAUCCACACAGGAGAGACGCCCUACACAUGCUCUGAGUGCGGGAAAAGCUUCAAUCUGAGCUCAACCCUUAUUAGACAUCGGAGAAUCCACACAGGAGAGAAACCCUACAUGUGCUCUGAGUGUGGGAAACACUUCAGUGAUAGCUCAGCCCUUACCACACAUCAGAGAAUCCACACCGGUGAGAAACCUUAUGGAUGCUCUGAGUGUGGGAAAAACUUCAAUCAAAGCUCAACCCUUAUUAAACAUCAGAAAAUCCACAUGAGAGAGAACUGUAAUAAAUGCCUAGAUUAGGGCUGGCCAAAGAUCUGAUUUUUUUUAAAAAUCACUUUUGCUAAUUCCCAUAUGGUGCAAAUAUCACUAUCGUCACGUGGUCUCUCAGCUCCCCCAGAUGAGUUGCCUGCUUCUGCCUUUUGAAGCUCACUGUUCUUUGGGGUCAGUCCUGUGAUCUUUUCUAUCCACUCCUUUCCUUUUGAGUCAUAGGAGUGUGUGUCCCUCCAGCCAGUAAUGUUCAUCGGCUCCAGGUGGGAGAGAGGUUUGAUCCCAACAAGCUACACUGAGGCAAAAACUACCUGUGCCUUACAUCCACUAGGACUGUACAUGGCGUUGGCUGCUCAAGUUAGUGAUCUUGGUGUAAAAAGACAAUUCUAGUUGUAGAGCAGAUGCAGCCUAGGUGCAGUGGUUGGCAUUAGCUUUCCCCUUGACCCGACCUAAACAAACCCUGAGCAGCACGGUUAUACUGUUCCCCCAUUUCAAAGCAAUUGUUAGUCAUCAAGUUCCCCCUUCGGGAACAAAUUGUUUCAUUCCCAGUUGCACUAAUGUUGCUUCAGGUUGUGCGGGAAAACAGAUAUUUUUACUAUCAUUUUCCUCAUUUAAAAUAUAUUGAACUAUAACAAAGAGCAGGAACAGGGCAGGGAUAAGGAAAAAUGUCAUUUCACCCUCUGUAACAACAGAAGAAGAUAGGGUAAGUCAGAGGGAUUUCCUUAUUCCCCAUCAGCAUCCCAACCCCCCUGUUGUUCAAUUGGUUAGGUCAAUAUUUUUUCUAAAGGGCUGGGAAGAGUAUUCCCUAGUAAAUGACUUGUAACUAAGCAAAAUACCCAUGCAUUGGGCUCCCAAAGCAGUUGUGGCCCAGGCCCUGCAGGAGGUCGCUCCUGAAGAUAUCUCCUUCCUAGUCAGGUGCAUGUUGCCUAUUAUUUGGGAAAUGCAAUACCUAUCAAGGUAGAGAUGGGAAAAAUGGAAGUGACAUUUCUCUUCAGCUCACCCCUGGGAGAUGCUGCAAAUAUGUAGAAAAUGAAAUCUGUGUUGAAUCUGAUAUAGCUGCAGAAAUAUAUCUAUUUUUAAUAGAUACCUGAUAUUUGGUAUCUUACAGGGAUUCUAAAACGCACCUGAAUUUAGUCCCUAAUUUAAAU